AUGACCGAGAACGAAGAUGCUUUUGAUCCUGUCAUUGUCAGCGCAGGGGUGGUGGCCAUUGCAAUUGUUGGAUUCCUGGCAUUUCAGAGGAAGACGGUGAAGAGGCACGUGGACGCUGGCAGUCCGGACUCUUUACAGCUCGGUUGCCCGCCUGCAAACGGUUUCAGUGCAAGCCGGAUCGGUGGAGCAGGAAACGAUUUUUCGAGCUCUUCGAGAAGAGGUCCUGACGAGGAUCUACCUGUUGGCAAUAUUUCUUUUGAGGGUCUACCAAUCAUAACCGACGACGCCGCCUCUUUUUCCACACCGCCUCCUCGAGAAAUACACGGUGAAUUCAAGCGACAGCUCCGCGAUAUGAUGUCUGAAAUGCGCCGCUAUAACACUGUCGACUUUCACGGUCGAAAUCUUGGAGACAACGGUUCAGCAUACAUAAGCGAGGCUCUCGCGUUCAAUGAUGUCGCUACAUGCAUUGAUUUGAGUGCCAACGGUAUGGGUGAAGCGGGCGUUUUCGCAAUAUGUGAAGCAUUGAAAAGCAAUUCAGCCUUAGAAAUGCUCUCACUUGCAAGUAACAACUUACAAGAUGCGGGCGCAGUUGCACUAGCAAAUUAUCUCCAGUCCGACAGCUCAAUCAACACGCUCAACCUGAAUAGCUGUGGAAUAAGCGACACUGGUGCGAUCGCACUAGCAGAAAUGCUAAAAAAGAAUACUUCGCUUGUAGCUCUUGAGCUGAACAACAAUAACAUCGACUACGAGGGAACUUGCGCUAUAGCAGAAGCGUUGUCUGAAAAUGCCACCCUUACAACUCUCAGUAUCAGUGGGAAUUAUAUCGGCGGCCUUGGUGCCAGUGCACUUGCGAAGGGAUUGGUGAAGAACAAGGGCCUAAAAGGAUUGAUAAUAAAUGGCAAUGAUAUCGGUAAUAUCGGUGUUGAGGCACUUUGCAAAGCUAUUUCUGCUCGUGAGACAAAAUUGACGAAUCUGGAUAUGGGCAACAACGGUAUUGGACACGAGUCUGGUGAAUACAUUGCUGCAUACAUCAAAACUGACAAAGAGCUCGCUAGCCUCAAUCUAUACAUGAACGAACUCUGCGAUCUUGGUGCAAUUGCCGUUUGCAACGCGCUCAGACAGAACACAGCCAUUCAGAUAUUGGAUAUCGGAGGAAACAAUAUUCUGCAAGCGGGUGCUGAGAGUCUUGGAGAUGCGCUCAAGGAAAACAUAUCACUGCGCACGUUGGAAAUAGGCUACAAUCCGAUUGGUCCGAAGGGUGGUGCCGCACUUGCUGACGCGUUUAAGUUUCACAGCAAGUUGACAACCCUUCGUAUGGGUUGGUGCAAAAUCACAAAGGAGGGGGCACGGCACAUCGCUGAUGCUAUGAAAUAUAACGAACAUGUCACCACGCUAGACCUGCGUGGAAAUGAACUCGGUGAUGAAGGCUGCGCAGCUAUUGCUCAGUCACUUGGUAUGGUGAAUGAAAACCUGACAUCCCUGGAUCUUGGAUACAACGAAAUUAAAGACAACGGGGCGUUUGCACUGGCUCAGGCGAUAAAGAACAACGCAGAUGCCUCAAUCACGAGCAUUAGUUUGAACAAUAACUACAUAACCAAGUUUGGGGAAGUUGCACUCACAGAGGCAGUAGAGCUAGUUCAAGAGCUCAACCCAGGACGUGAUCUCUACAUCCAACUUUAAGGAAAGUGACAGCUGUAGAUGUUCUAGCUCCUCGCGGUCUUUUCUUCUGCUGGCAAUAUGAACGCUUCGUUUUAUAUAUCACUUACGGAAGUUAUAUAGGAGACCAGAUUACUUCACGACAAACAUUCAAAUGGCGCGACUCACUUGAUCCUUUCGCUGGCUUAUUUUUCAAGGAGAAAAACGGAUGAAGAUCUACAUCCCAGGAAUUCAAGAAGGCUGACUGUGCCAAAUCUGAACUUGAAUCGAGAAAGGUAUUCUGUGGAAGGGCUAAUAAAUUGUACCUCGGGCAUUUCGUGAAGCCAGACAUAUCUCUUUGAAGCCAGGCAUGUCCCUUAUGGCCAGGCGCACGUAUUUUCACCCCCUGCUUCUGUGCGGCAUGCCUUUUCCGCAACAAUGAUUUUUGUACGAAAGCGGUUCCUUGAAUUUACGAAAUAAAAAGCUGCCUGCGGCGGGGACUUGUUUCGAUGUGCACUUGCUUGUCAAUUCCAGUGACUGCAAUCUUUAUGGAAUGUUGCACUCGAGGACGUUCUGGAUAGUUUUCUGCUGGUACCCCUUUCGAACAAUUCACAGGUCAACCGGCUCAUAAUAAUAAAAUCCUCAAGGGGUGUGACGAGAAAAAUAAAUACGACAGCGAUAGCUUCGCUGCCGGCAAUGAGGGAGACCAGAUGGCGAGAAGAUGAGCAUAAAAGGGACUCAAUUCUCACAGCCAAUGCUCUAGUAGCCGGCGUAACACCCAUACACGGGCUGCGAAUUUCUAAGAUCUAGUAGCGACCAUGUAAUAGACACAAUUGUCAGCAC